UGUGGUUGCAAAGAUGCUCUAACAGGAAGCGGGUUUGGGGCGCUGCGCAGCUUCCUGCCCCGGGCCCGAGCAGGCGAGAGGGGCGAGUGCCAGGUCGGCCACGAGACCCAGCUUCGUGCCAGGGUCCUGGCACUUCCUCCUCCACGGCCACUUCCGCGUGGCCGGCGGGAGCCCCGGGGGGCCGGGGCUGUUGCCUGUCGCCCAGGCCACCCUCCACCCCCAGUUCAGAGCCCUGCCCCCUGGGGCUGGGCCAAGCCCGGAGGCCAGCUUGGGAUUUCAUGGGGGACCGCUAGGCCAAAGGUCCCGGGGGCCGGAGGUGGCCGGGCCGGAGGCCGGGGGCUCCAGCCAUGAAGUCUCGGCAGAAGGGAAAGAAGAAGGGUGGCUCCAAGGAGCGGGUAUUCGGCUGCGACCUGCAGGAGCACCUGCAGCACUCGGGCCAGGAAGUGCCCCAGGUGCUCAGGAGCUGUGCGGAGUUCGUGGAGGAGUAUGGAGUGGUGGACGGGAUCUACCGCCUCUCGGGGGUCUCCUCCAACAUCCAGAGGCUCCGGCAGGAGUUCGAGGCAGAGCGGAAGCCGGACCUGCGGCGAGACGUUUACCUGCAGGACAUCCACUGCGUGUCCUCCCUGUGCAAGGCCUACUUCCGAGAGCUGCCGGACCCGCUGCUCACGUACCGGCUGUACGACAAGUUCGCUGAGGCUGUGGCGGUGCAGCUGGAGCCCGAACGCUUGGUCAAGAUCCUGGAGGUGCUUCGAGAGCUCCCUGUCCCAAACUACAGGACCCUGGAGUUCCUCAUGCGCCACCUGGUGCACAUGGCCUCGCUCAGCGCCCAGACCAACAUGCACGCCCGCAACCUGGCCAUCGUGUGGGCCCCCAACCUGCUGAGGUCCAAGGACAUAGAGGCCUCCGGCUUCAACGGCACGGCAGCCUUCAUGGAGGUGCGUGUGCAGUCCAUCGUGGUCGAGUUCAUCCUCACGCACGUGGACCGGCUCUUCGGGGGCCCUGCCCUCUCUGGCGGUGACCUGGAGAGUGGCGGAUGGCGAUCCCUUCCAGGGCUCCGGGCAUCGGGCGGCCCCGAGGACCUCAUGCCUAGGUCGCUGCCCUACCACCUGCCUAGCGUCCUGCAGGCUGGCGAUGGACCCCCCCAGAUUCGGCCCUAUCACACUAUCAUUGAGAUAGCAGAGCACAAGAGGAAAGGGUCCCUGAAGGUCAGGAAGUGGAGAUCCAUCUUCAACCUGGGUCGCUCUGGCCACGAGACCAAGCGCAAACUCCCACGGGGGGCUGAGGACAGAGAGGACAAGUCGGAUAAGGGGACCCUGCGGCCAGCCAAGAGCAUGGACUCGCUGAGUGCGUCGGUGGGGGCCAGCGACGAGCCAGAGGGGUUGCUGGCACCCAGCAGUCCCCGGCCCAGCCCGCUGAUGCCUGAGAGUUUGGAGAACGAUUCUGCGGAGGGAGCAGAGGGUGAAGUGGAGCCCGAGGCAGAGGCCCUGGGCAGCACGAACUCUGAGCCAGGAACACCGCGAGCCGGGCGGCCAGCAGCCCGUGCCGGGGGCGGCAGCCGUGCGGAGCGCUGCGCCGGCGUCCACAUCUCAGACCCGUACAACGUCAACCUCCCGCUGCACAUCACCUCCAUCCUCAGCGUGCCCCCGAACAUCAUCUCCAACGUGUCCUUGGCCAGGCUCACCCGUGGCCUGGAGUGCCCCGCCCUACAGCCCCGGUCAAGCCCUGCCUCUGGCCCCGGCCCCGGCCCAGGCCCCCCAGAUGAGAAGUUGGAGGCAAGUCCAGCCCUGGGUGCCCUGGCUGACUCAGGCCCAGCGGCCCUGGCCCCAGCCCCGGCCCUGGAGGACUGCCUGUCCCAGGAGGUGCAGGACUCCUUCUCCUUCCUAGAGGACUCAAGCAGCUCGGAGCCCGAGUGGGUGGAGGCUGGGGACUUGGCCAAGGCUGGAGCCGCAGGAGCAGCCUUCUCCCCUGGGGAUGACGACCCUGGGAUCGGCUACCUGGAGGAGCUGCUAGGAGCUGGGCCUCAGGUGGAGGAGUUCUCCGUGGAGCCACCGCUGGACGAGCUGUCUCUGGACGAUGCCCAGUUUGUCCUGGCCCCCAGCUGCUGCUCCCCAGACUCGGCAGGCCCUGGGCCCGCGGCAGAGGAGGAGAGCGGGGAGGAAGUCUUCCUGAGUGCCUACGAUGACCUCAGUCCCCUUCUGGGGCCCGAACCCCAGGCCUGGGAGAGCCUGGGCAGUCUGGAGGAAGACGCAGCUGGGUGUGGAAGACAGGACACCCCGGGCCAGGCUGAGGGGGGGCAGCCGUGUUGGGAGGUUGGGCAGGGCAAGGAGGCUGAGGCUGGCAGCAGGUGGGACAUCAGGGAGGAGGCUGAGGGGAGUCCAGAGGGCAGGGUGGAGGCUGGAGAGGCAGGUGAGGAAGGAGGGGAUGCUGGGGGAAGCCAAGAGAUGAUGGUCAGUUUGCAUGAAGGGCGUGGGGAAGAGACAGAAGCCAAGGACGAGGAACCCAAAGGUCUGCAGGAGGAUGAGCACAUGGAGGAAGCUAAGGGUGUGGAGAAAACAGAAGGAGAGUGGGGUGAGGAGGAGGGGCAGGAAAGGACAACUGAGAGACAGGAGGAGGCUGAGGAAGGAGAGGACGCCACGGUGGAAGCUGGCAGGGACCCACAGCAGAGGGCCCAGGAAAAGCAAGCUGCUGAGGAGAGCUGGGAGGUGGUGCACACACAAGAGGCUGAGGGAAGCAGAGAGGCUAAGGGGGGAGUCCGAGGGCAGGGGGAGAACAGAGACCUAGAGGCAAGAGAAGACCAAGGAGAUGGUGAAGACAGAAGCACAGAAGCAGCAGCUGAAGGAGGAGCAGGGGAGGUCGGCAAGGAGCGGGAGAGUGGGGAUGGAGAGGCAGAGGGAGAGCAGAGGGCUGGAGGGGACCGUUUGGAAGGGGGCUUUCUCCUAGAAGUGUCCUUGGAGGUCGACAGUGCCAAAGAGAGCGAUGAUCAGCCCUCUGAGACAGAAUGGGCAGCCCCACGGCCACCCCGGCCGGAGGAGAUGGAGCCCAAGGGGCUGCCCAGUCCAGAGGGCUGCAGUCUGUGCCCCUGUCCCCCUAGCUCAGCUGGCAGUGUGGGCAUGCGCCUGGCCUCCACCCUGGUUCAGGUCCAGCAGGUCCGCUCUGUGCCGGUGGUGCCCCCUAAGCCACAGUUUGCCAAGAUGCCUGCUGCAAUGGGUAGCAAGAUCCACGUGGCGCCUGCAAGCCCAUGCCCGAGGCCCGGCCGGCUGGAUGGGACUCCCGGGGAGAGGGUUUGGGGGUCCCGAGCCUCCCGCUCCUCUUGGCGGAAUGGGGGCAGCCUCUCCUUUGACGCCGCUGUGGCCCUGGCCCGGGACCGCCAGAGAACUGAGGCUCAGGGGGUCCGGAGGACUCAGACCUGCACAGGGGGUGAGGACUACAGCCUCAUGUCCAGAGCCUCUCCCUGCAGCGGGAUCCCUGCCCACUCCCCUCGGCCCCUCAGCUUCCUGGAGCUCCCUGCUGAAGGCUCGGAAAGGUCUGAACCCCGGAGCCGAUUUAGUCUGCCCCCAAGAGAGCCCCAGGCCCUGUACCCCCCGGUGCCCCCACAGCGCCGAACGUAUGCGUUUGAAACACAGGCUAACCUCGGGAAGGGCGAGGGACUAUGAUCAGGGCCGGGCGCCGGGCCAGCAGGGUGCCGUGUGCGGUCUUCCAUCUCUGUAGUCCCUGACCGCCGCGGGUCCUCUGCAGCCCGAGCAGAGGUCGCGCCCGCCUCUGAGGGCUUCAGCCCUCCAGCUUCUCUCUGACUGUGGGAGGCACUGUCCCGGUUGGUUUUCCGAAACUUGUGUCAGACACAAAGCACUCACCCUCAGGAGAUUCCCAAGAGAGCCACCGAGUGCCUGCUCCUAGGGGGUGAGGUCAUCGGCCAAAAGGGACAAACAGUGGGCAGAAAACAGAGAGGCGUCUCAAAGGGAAGAAUGAAGGGGAACUCCGGGUGAGCGUCUCCCUCCGGAGGCUGUGAACUUCCCUUCAGGGAAGCCCCGGGGUGGAGGUGGGGAGCACGGGCCAGGUCAGAGCCCACGGUCCUCCAGGUCUUUGGUCCUCGUUGUGCUGUGGGGCCUCGUUUGGCUCCUGGCCCCCCACUCUGCGCGAGGAGCCCCAGGUCCGCGGAGCUCUCCCGAGAACUCGGUGC